GUGUUGUUUCCAACUUCAGCUUGGCUCCUCCAUCUGUGCUUCGGCUCGUAGUUGCCAAAAAACGAAGUGCCAGCGCUGGUAGAGGGAGCUAUGCUCCAGAUGUCCAAAUCAUGGGAGGAAGCGUAGCUGCUGCCAUUCCAUCUGACAUCAUAUCAGAACUGUGUCACACUGAUAAGGACUAUCCAUUCCCUGUUUGGCAGAAUGGCACACUAAGCCCAUGUUUUAACCAGCUGAUCUGUGGCUCUCUUGCCCAUGCAGUCACUGCAGUCCUUAGCGCCUGUUACUUGAGUGUUCCAAGAUUCGGUAGCACUCCACUUUCCCUGGCUCUUGGCUGGAAUUUUAGGGCUGCUUCUGCAUUACUCCUGGUUCUUCUUUUCAUCACAGAUUUGGUAUUGACACUUGAACUGCAACAGCAGGCUAUUUACCUGGACAUACUGACCAAUGGAUGUGGUAUCAUUGCUUGGCUCGUUCACUUUAUAGCAGUUUUGGCUCUACAAAGAUCUGUCUACAGAAGGACUAGAGGUCCACUACUGUUUGUGGUCUUGGCUGUUCUUCCAGUUCCUAACCUAUCUUUCACCAUUGCUGCUUAUAUCCAGGACAGUGAACAUCUCAAUACUGGAUACCCCUGGCAGGUGGUCCGUCUUGCCUUAACUGUGGCCAGAGCAGCCCUGAUUCUUGUGUACCUACUAGCCUUUACCUUUCCUUGUUACAAAUUACGAGGAGAGUCCCUCCUUAUAAAUGCAGACGAUGCAGCUCCUCUUAUUGUCCCAGAGCCUUGUGGAGGAGAAACGGUAGCGGAGGAUGGCUGCAGCUGCCUGUCCAGGUUCCUCUACCUUUGGCUGAACCUUCAGCUUAAGCAAGGUCAACGUGGUGAGUUGGAAAGACCAUGUGAUGUUUUCCAGCUGCCCCGCAAACUUCGGACCAAGGCCAUCACUCAACGGUUUGGUCAGUGUUGGGCACAGUGUCUGCAUCAAAAAGCAUUGAGAACAUCUCAAGACUUGCCUAGGAAUGCUAGAAAGGAUCAGCAGGAAAGUUUAUGUGGUGAGGUCCAGCCUGAAGAAUUCUCUGAGGAAGGAACCCAUCAAGAGGUAAAGCUCUUGUGGGUCCUGCACAAGGCUUUUGGUCCUCGCUACUACUUCUUGGGUGUGCUAAAGCUGUUAGCUAGCCUGUUAGCAUUUGCAGGACCUCUGCUGCUCAGUGCGUUAGUGGGCUUCAUGGAGACUGAGGGGGCACCACUGAGCAGAGGUGUGUGGUGUGCUGUAGGGCUCUUCUUGACCACGUUCCUGGCAGCGUUCCUGCGCAACAUCUUUGUGUUUGAAGUGUCAAAGGUAGCUUUGGAGGCUCGGGCUGCUGUGGUGUCAACCAUCUAUGCCAAAGCUCUGCAGGUCAGCGGUUCAGCCCUGGCUCGAUUCAACAUGGGUGAGGUGGUCAACUUCAUGAGCACCGAUACAGACCGAUUGGUGAAUUUUUUUCGCAGUUUUCAUGAAGUCUGGAGUCUGCCGUUCCAGUUCGCCCUUGCCCUAUACCUGCUUUACCUGCAAGUGGGUGUGGCCUUCUUAGGGGGACUGGGCGUGGCUAUUCUGCUUGUGCCUCUCAAUAAGUUCCUGGCAGCCCGCAUCCUGGAGAACAAUAAACACAUGCUGGCACAUAAGGACAGCAGAGUGAAGCUAAUGACUGAAGUGCUUUUUGGAAUUCGAGUUCUUAAGUUCUAUAACUGGGAGCAGCACUUUACGCAAAAGAUAAACCAAAGCCGCAAAAAAGAGCUGAGUCACCUGAAGACCUUGAAGUACUUGGAUGCGGUGUGUGUGUAUACCUGGGCUGCUCUUCCUGUGGUUAUCUCUAUCCUCACCUUCAUCACCUAUGUGCUGCUUGGGAACAGUCUCACUGCUGCGAAGGUUUUCACCACUCUGGCUCUGGUGGGCAUGCUCAUUCUGCCACUUAAUGCUUUCCCCUGGGUUCUUAAUGGCACACUGGAAGCUAAAGUAUCUCUGGAUCGCAUUCAGCAGUUUCUGGUUCUGCAUAAUCAAGACUUCGCUGCCUACUACAGCCAAGUGUCUCCUGAGGAUCCUCUUACUGCCGUUCAGAUGACCCUGGCCAGUUUCUCCUGGAAGAGGUCAGAUGAUCCACAGUCUGAUUCUGAGGUAGAAGACAGGUCUCUGUCAGGAAGCCUGUUUCUCCAUAAUCUCAACUUAAGCAUUAGAAAGGGCUCUCUGGUUGUUGUGGUAGGGAAAGUUGGCUGUGGGAAAAGUUCACUGUUAGCUGCCAUUACUGGAGAGCUGAACAGAUGUGGUGGUGUAGUGCAUGUCCAGGGCAGAGAGCAGGGCUUUGGAUUGGCUGCCCAAGAGCCGUGGAUCCAACAUGCAACAGUGCGAGACAACAUUCUUUUUGGAAAGGACUUUGACAGUGGCUUCUAUCAGACUGUGCUUGAAGCUUGUGCUCUUACUGAUGAUCUUAAUAUUUUGCCUGAUGGGGAUCGAACAGAGGUGGGAGAGAAUGGAGUGACACUCAGUGGAGGGCAGAAGAGUCGACUUGCUCUGGCCAGAGCUGUUUAUAUGGACAAGGACAUCUAUCUACUAGAUGAUCCUUUAGCGGCAGUAGAUGCUGAUGUGGCCCAGCAUCUCAUGGAGAAGUGCAUUCUGGGCAUUCUUAAGAACAAGACCAGAAUCCUCUGCACUCAUCGAAUAGAGUUUGUGGAGAAGGCAGAUGUGGUGGUACUGAUGGACAAUGGAACUGUUGUGAGAACAGGAACACCAAAUGAGGUCUUAUCUCUUAUGAAAGCUGUACCAAAUGAUAGUAAGAAUGACAGCAAAGUGAAAGAGAAAGAUGGUGCUAACCAAGAAGAAUUGACCAGUGAACCAGUUUCAGAGGAGGGGCUAACCGCCAUGGGGGAAGAGCAAAAGCAGACAGGUGGACUUGCCUGGACAGUCUAUCAGUCCUAUUGGAGAGCAGUGGGCGGGUGUAUGGCUAUGUCUGUUCUUAUUUCCCUGUUCCUCAUGCAAGGCUCUAAGAAUGUGUCGGACUGGUGGCUGUCUUACUGGAUUUCCAAUUUAAAGGCUAAUGGGUCUGAGCUGGUGUCUCUGACAGCAGGUUCUCUCUCUUCCAUGGUGCUCCUCUUUUCAGAAAGGCCCAUGUUCCCUGUACCACUGAGACACUUAAGUCCAUUUGGCAACAUGAGCUCUGAGCUGAAGUUCUACAUGACUGUAUAUGGUUCUCUGGCUGCUGCCAAUACUGUCUUUACUGCUGCUCGUGCUUUCCUCUUUGCUUACGGAGCAAUCUGCGCUGCCACUGUCAUCCACAAAAGACUGCUGGAUAGUGUGCUUAAGGCGACCGUGACAUUUUUUGACAUCACACCCUUGGGCAGAGUUCUAAAUCGUUUCUCCUCAGACGUCUACACCAUAGACGACUCGUUGCCAUUCGUCCUCAACAUCCUUUUAGCCAAUGUGUUCGGGCUGCUGGGGAUGCUGGUGGUGAUGAGCUAUGGUCUACCCUGGGUACUACUCCCUCUAGUACCACUAGGGGCGCUGUAUUAUCAAACGCAGCGGUUUUAUCGCCACUCGUCCCGUGAGCUUAAACGCCUCUGCAGCCUCACACUCUCUCCAGUCUACUCGCACUUCUCAGAGACCCUCAGUGGCUUGGCAACAGUGAGGGCCAGUGGACAUGCUGCUAGGUUUGAGGAGGAGAACGAGAGGCGUCUGGAUCAGAACCAGCGCUGUUUGUUCAUCAGUAAUGCUGCUAUGCAGUGGCUGGACAUCCGGCUGCAAAUGAUUGGUGUCGCUGUAGUGACAGGAAUCAGUAUAAUCGCUGUGAUUGAGCAUCAGAUCAAAUCCAUUGAUCCAGGUCUGGUUGGUCUAGCUUUGUCCUACGCCCUGUCUAUCACUAACCUGCUGUCAGGGCUGAUAUUCAGCUUUACCCAGACUGAGAUGCAGCUAGUGAGUGUGGAGCGCACUGAAGAGUAUUCCACCAGCAUUCCACUGGAACCUCAGAAUGGGAGCACAGCGGUUCCAGCCUCUUGGCCAGAGCAUGGUCGAGUGGAGUUUAAUGGAGCUGUGCUGGCAUAUCGGCCUGGCUUGCCCAACGCUUUGGAUGGGGUGAGCUUCGUGGUGAUGCCAGGAGAGAGAGUGGGUAUUGUUGGACGCACGGGCUCAGGGAAGUCCACGCUGUUUUUGACCCUGUUCCGUAUGAUGGAACUGAACCAGGGACGGAUAGUGCUGGAUGGGGAGGACAUCAGUCGGGUUGAGCUAUCUCAGCUUAGGUCCAGGCUAGCCAUCAUUCCCCAGGAUCCCUUUUUGUUCUCCAGUUCAGUAAGGGAGAACCUCGACCCCAGUGGUCGUCACCUUGACCACAGGCUACUCGAUGCUCUGGAGCAAUGCCACCUAGGAGAUGUAGUCCGUAGAAUGGGAGGGUUGGAUGCAGAAGUGGGAGAGAGAGGGAAAUCUCUUUCAGUCGGCCAAAGGCAGCUGGUCUGUCUUGCUCGUGCUCUUCUGACUGAAGCAAAUGUUUUAUGUAUCGAUGAGGCCACAGCUAGUGUAGAUCACAAAACUGACAUGCUUCUACAGAAAACUAUCCGAGAAAGAUUCAAGGACAAGACUGUCCUCACCAUUGCACAUAGACUCAAUACAAUUAUGGACUCUGAUAGAGUUCUGGUGAUGCAUGCUGGGAAGGUGGCAGAGUUUGACAGCCCAGCUGCUCUAUGCAAGAGAACAGAUUCAGUUUUCAAGAAACUGCUUUGUGGAACAGGAGAAUGACUGAUUUUAUCAUCUAAUGUUUUAAACAGUGAUUAGUAAACUGCAUUAAAGUUUUACAAAACAUUGGCAGUGUUCACACAGCAACCUAGGUAGAGCUCUCUGAGUACUUUACAUAUUUUGCAUAUCUUUCUUACUGUGUGGUAAAAAAAAAGAAAAUCAUAGAAACUGCACUUGUACACUAAGAGUCUUUGUGAACAAGGCUAAAUGUUCACUUGAUGGCAUUUUUGUUUUGCCAGUGAGUGGCUAUACCUGCACUUUGUAAAGUUUUUAAAUGUGUGAAGGAGAGACUCAGGGAAAAACUGAUUGUUACCUCUUGUACUUUCAGACUUGAGACCAAAAUGUCAGUCAUUUGGUUCCUGUUUUAUUUUUUUAUUGCACAUUUAAAAUAAACAUUUUU